CUGGCGAGGUUCGGUUCGCGGCGGCCGACGAAAGGACUUCGCCAUGAAGUGAGCGAACAGACCAAGCGAAAUGAACACGACCGAGAAGAAGCUGGCGGACCUGAUACGAGAACACCCGAACCUGUACGACCAGUCACGGCGGGACUACAAAGACAACCUGAAGGGGCAUUUGUCCUGGAGAGACAUCGCGGACAACAUGGGAAAGUCGGAGGAGGAGGUGAAGCUCAAAUGGAAAAAUCUGCGCGACAAGUUCUGCAAGGCGAAGAAACGUCUCGCCAAGAGACACUUGCCUCUGCUGACCGACGAAGAGAACCCGGUGGAGAGGCCGGUCCCGGUGCUGUACAACCAGCUGGCCUGGCUCAGCGCUUACGUCAAACCCAAAGCAGAGCCCGGCUCUGGAGAAGCCGACGAGGUAGGUGGAAGUGGUGAUGACGUGGAGAAAGAGCAAGAUAAAGACGAGAAGGAGCAGCAUUGUCCCCUGCCUGUGGUUACUACUAGCUUUUCUCUCGUGGAGUCCUGUCAAAACAACCAUCAGGAGAUGGGACUCUCUCUUAAACGUAAGAGGCAUACAACCACAGAGACUGAGAUUAGCUCCGCAGAUGCCCUCACCAGCCUCAGAGAUGAAGAUGAACUGUUUCUUUUGAGCCUUCUACCUUCGCUGAAGAGGCUUACCAUUAAAAAAAGAAUGGAGGUACGGAUGAAAUUCCAGCAAGUGCUUUAUGCUGCCGAGUUUGAGGGCUAAAGGGCUCAAUAUGAGGCAUUAAAGAUUGUAUAUUUGAUGGUAGGGCUUGUUAUAAGUAUUGUUUUUUUUAUAUUAAAAUGUUUUACUAUUUAUUUUUGGACCACCACACUUAUUAUUGAUAUCACUAUGUAGAUCUCUAUAAUUCAGAGUUGUAUGAAGAGCUUUAUUUCUUGGUUUGAAAACCACCCUUUUGUUACUAGUUUUAAAAUAAGAGUAAAUAUAGAGUUGUUAGAUAACUAGGUAGACAUUUGCCCUAAAAUGUAAUUCAACCAGAUAUACCAGCCACCUAAUAACUCCCUCUUUUUCUAAGCUGAUAUUGUUCAUUCAACAUCAAGAUAUGAUUAUUUCUCAACACCCAUUUAUGUAAUUAGGGCUUGAGCUGGGAAAAAUAUGUGUGCAAGUGUACCAUACUACCUGUUAACCUGGUAACUAAUGAAAAAUCCGAAAAUGUAUUUGGUUGAUACUUUUUUCUAUUGAAAAAUAUCUUUUACAUUUAAAGAUGGAACACAAUUGCCACAAUUAACUACAUGUAAACCCUUUGAACGGUACCCGCACACAUUACCAUAUGUAUGAUUUCAGACAGCAUUUUGAAAAAAAUGCAUAUAAUAAUACAGUUAUUUCCCUUAAGUUAGGAAACAGUAAAUGCCAUCCAAGUAAGUUCUGUGAUUCUGCUGGUCAACACUGUCUGCUUCUUUUCAUCUGAUCUUUGUAGAUCAAACAAAACUCUUUG